UGGAGUAGAAGCUAAACAGCCCAACUCUGCCAUCAGGAAAUGUGUUAGAGUCCAGCUGAUUAAGAACGGCAAAAAAAUAACAGCUUUUGUUCCCAACGAUGGCUGCCUGAACUUCAUUGAGGAAAACGACGAAGUUCUGGUUGCCGGUUUCGGUCGGAAGGGUCACGCUGUUGGUGACAUUCCUGGAGUUCGCUUCAAGGUUGUCAAAGUAGCCAAUGUUUCUCUGUUGGCCUUGUACAAGGGCAAGAAGGAGAGACCAAGAUCAUAAAUCUAGAUUAAUUUGCCAAGAAUGUCAAUAAAAUUUUUGAUUGGAAAAA